CCCAGGUGUCAGCAGUCAAUGCCUGGAAGUGGUAGGGAGGGAUGUACCAGCCACUUAGGGGGAGAAACUGAAGAGAAACCUCCAGAAAGUGGGGGCAAAACCACAGCUGUGGGAGGGAGGAGGGAGGAGGUGGGCAGAGGAUGGCAGGGGCACUGCUCAGGGGCCCUGAUCUCCCACAGCUGCACACCAGCUCCAGGAAGGGCAUAAAGCAGUGAGAUGGGCUGAGCACCUUCAAUUAGGUCCUAUCAGAGUGGAGGUAGAUGUUUGGCCUUCUUAAGGGAAAGAUUUCUCGUCUGGACAUUGGAAAUAACUUCGGUUUUGGGCUUCUUUCUGUUGACCUGGGAGAAUUAAUGUCUGGUCUUUGAGGCCAGAUUGAAAAUAUGCCUACAUGAGAGAGUCUCUACAAAACUGAUCCUGUCUUGGCUUUAAGAUAAAAAGAUGGCAUAUCACAAAGUGAAUGCAGACCAGAGAGCACAGGGGCACUCUCCGUACCUUGACAACGAUGACCUCCAGGCCACAGCACUGGAACUGGAAUGGGACAUGGAAAAAGAGCUGGAGGAGCCUGGCUUUGACCAUUUCCGACUGGAUGGUGCAGUCCAGCAUCAUCUGGGAAACUCACAGAGCCCUGACCUUGAUCUUGAGCCCAUCCAGCCAUCAGCUUCUCCUAAAGGAAGAUUCCAGCGACUUCAGGAAGACCCUGACUACAUCUCACACUACACAAGACAGGCACCAAAGAAUAACCGCUGCAACUUUUUUCAGAUACUGAAAGUAUUUUGCACUGCUUUGAUUGUAUUUAUUUUUGGAAUUGUGAUAGGAUAUUAUUCAGGCAAGAAAUGUCCUUCUCCCCCAGCAUCUCCAGAACCAAAUAACCCUCAUAUCUACCGUGAAAUCCUCAAGGAAAUCAAAGCUGAAAAUAUUCAACAGAUUUACAGAGAUUUCUUACAGUUCCCUAGAGAAGAUGAUGUAGACACUGCAAUGAAAAUUCUGGGUCAAUGGACUUCUCAUGGCCUUGAAGAUGUCCAGCUGGUAAAUUAUUCUGUUUUGCUUGACCUACCGGGCUCUUCUUCAAACACAGUAACUCUGAAAAACAGUGGCGAAUGCUUUUAUCCUGAUGGACUGCAGUGCAACAGAGGGACCAAAACUCUUUAUAGCCAAGACCUCCUGUACUCAUAUGCAGCUUACUCUGCCAAAGGAACACUUGAGGCAGAACUCGUUGAUAUACAGUAUGGGACCAUAGAAGACUUGAUCCGGAUUCAAGCCAUUACAAACGUGACCAAAAAAAUUGCACUUUUGAAGCUAGGACAAUCACCUUUACUUUAUAAGCUUUCUUUGUUGGAAGACGCAGGAUUUGGUGGUGUUCUUCUUUACGUUGAUCCUUGUGAUUUACCAAAGACUACAGAUCUUGCUGAUAAAGCUUUUAUGGUUUCCUUGAACAGUGGAGGAGAUCCCUCAACACCUGGCUAUGCCAGUAUUGAUGGAAGCUACAGACAACAUCGACUGAACCUCACAACACUGUUAGUGCAACCAAUUUCUACAGUACUUGCCAAAAAACUCAUUUCUGUACCUGAGAACACUUUCCAAAAAGAUAGGUGUGUCCCCUUUCAACUGCCAAGUACAGAGAAAAAAAUAAUCAGUCUGAAUAUUCAGUCAGUCACAACAUACAGGACAAUUUCUAAUGUUAUUGGAUAUUUAAAAGGAACUGCGUUUCCUGACAGAUAUGUCCUAAUUGGUAGUCAUCACAGCAGUUUGAACACUUCCAGUGGGCAAGAAUGGGCCAGUAGCACUGCUAUCAUUACAGCAUUUAUACAGGCUUUGAUGUUGAAGGUCAAGAGAGGCUGGAGACCUGACCGGACCAUUGUUUUCUGCUCCUGGGGAGGAACAUCAUUUGGGAACGUUGGUUCAUAUGAAUGGGCAGAGGAUCUCAAGAGAGUUCUUCAAAGAAAUGUUGUGGCUUAUGUUAGCCUCCAUAAUCCAGUCAGAGGCAACUCAACUUUACAUCCUAUUGCAUCUCCUUCUCUUCAGCAACUGACAGCAGAGAGUCAGAGCUUCAACUGUGUGGAAAAGGCUAAGUGUCCUGGAUCUAAUGUGAGUUCCGUGCAGAUACAGGGAGAUUCAGAUUAUUUCAUCAACCAUCUUGGAGUACCUGCCAUGCAGUUUUCUUAUGAGGACAUCAACAAAUCAGAGAAUUCUAGCUUUCUCUCCGAAGCUCUUUUUCCUGUACAUUCAACAAAAACUGAAGAGCUGGAUCCCUCGUUCAAACUGCACGAGUCCAUUGCAAAGCUAACAGGACAAGUGACUUUACAAAUUGCCAAUGAACCAGUUUUGCCGUUUAAUGCCCUCGACAUCGCACUAGAAGUUCAGAACAGUCUUAAAGUGUUCAUAGGUGAUGAAGUAGACGCUUCUCAGUUGCUUGCGGUGGCAUCACGACUGAGGGAUACUGCAGAAUUGUUCCAAUCAGAUGAGAUGCGCCCAGCUAAUGACCCCAAGGAGAGAGCUCCUAUCAGAGUCAGGAUGCUCAAUGAUGUGCUGCAAAGCUUAGAGAAAAGCUUCCUGGUUCAGCAAGCUCCUCCAGGACUUUACAGAAAUAUUCUUUACAGACUAGAUGAAAGGACAAACCAGUUUUCAGUACUGCUAGAGGCACUGGAGCACUACAAACUACGUCAGUCAAAUGAGACCAUUCAAGCAGCCUUGUCAGAGGUGCUGAACAGCAUCAGUUCAGCUCAGGUUUACUUCAAAGCAGGACUUGAUGUGUUUGAGACUACCUUAGCUGGAAAGAAAUGAGAGAAUUCUCUGCAUUCUAAGACGUUUGUUUACAACUCGCUAAACAAAAGUUCGACUCGGACCAGAAUUUCUCUGAGGAUGAAACCUUUCUCAACUUUUCUUUCAGUUGGCGCUAAAAUGUACUGCAAUGUGUGUUUUUAUAAAUAUAAAACAGUCUUUUGCACUGUUCACAGUAUAUCUCAAAUGUCUGUUUCUGAAUGUAUAAAACGAUGGGAGGGACUAACACUUAAUGAUUUUUGGAAGGACAUCUGCUGUAUUUUUAUAUGUAAAAUAUAUUUUUAUGACGAAGAGCUCAAUCUUGCGAAGUACCAAGCACAUCCUGCAAUACACUGAAGACCUGGUUCUGAGACACCCCAGAUGUAUAUCCAGGUGAGCUUUCCAUGCCUACUCUGUCAGAAAAAUGUGACUUAAAUAUACUCUUGUGUUCCUUAACUUCCUCAGCAAACUCAUCUUCCUUACUCCUUUCAGAAUAAGCAGUUGAAGGAUGUGGCAUUUUCUGGGGUAUGCAGUGCUGAAGUUAAUCUGGAAAUAUUCAAAACACCCUUAUCAGUGCAAUCUAACAUCUUUAUUCCUGUGGAACAAUAAAUACCUCAAUUCUGAGAAUACAGAUAAACUUUGAUUAUCACAUUUCUGUCUGAAACAAAAUUAUUUUCUCUUCUAAUUCUUGGAGAGAGUUUAUGUGAUGAUUACAAGUGAUUUGAAAAGUUUGCAUCAGUAGUUAAAAGUGCAAAAAACUUUGAAUUUUUGUGUUAAGUAAAAGGAACUGCCUAGUCUAAUUAGUCUACAGGCCUUGUAAUCUUAUGUCUUACCGAAAGAAGCCACUUCAAGGUUUCCCUAAAUUUCCAGGGAGCAGUAAGUGAAAAUAAGAACUCAGAGUUCUGGAAACAUUUCUGAGAUUCCACCACUUGGCCACACCACUCACUAUUCCAGGGUGGAUCAUUCCAACUGUAGUGCCCAGUUUGUUCCCUACCACGGAACCAGCAAUUCACCUCUGAAGACAAAUCGAUGAAGCAUACUGCAGGGCUAGUUUGCAUUGGUGGAAGCCCUGUCCAGAGGCUGUAAUCACACCAUUACAGCAUUGACUUGAAGUAAUCUCUGAAUGAAAGGAUCAGGAGGUUCAGUGUCCUAAACCUCUAAGGGGAUCAUAUACACACUUGAGAAUUGCAUCUUAAUAAUAUGAACACUUAAAAUUGUUAAACCCAAUUGGGUUUAGAGUUUUACAAUCCCAGAUGAUUCUGGGAUUAGAGAUUAAAAAAUAAUUUUAUAUAAAUUCUUAGAAUUAAAAUAUAAUUUAUUUGAUGGAAACAAUAAAUGUGUUGUUACCAAAUUUGCCAUGGAAACAUUGCAGAAACAUUUCAGGUAUCUGUAUGAAUGUAAAGAAAUGCCUUCAGGAAAAUUUCAAAGUAUAUGUUCACAUAGCAAGAAAUGAGAGUUGUUUUUGGAUCUGUGUUUCUGUUUUCCCAAAGACAUUGGCAAAUGGGCCUCUAUUAGCAGUGGCCUAGGACAGGGUACUUACAGCUAUGCUGUUGCUACAUUUCUUUGCAAGUUUUUAUCAUAACUUGGGCAAAAGCAUCCCUGUUCUGACAGAGGUGGGGCUAUGCAAUUGUACAGCCACAACCGAAGUGAGAAUAUGUUCAGUAACAGUGACUGUGACUGCAUGAACUUAGACAUGAUUAUCUCCUCAGUUUACCUGGCAUCUGUUAAGAAAGAGCGUAUGAUUAUUCUCUUGCUAAUGCUGGUACCAAGUCUGUUUACUGCAAAGAGGGUUUGACUUCUGAAGAGUAACAUUUUUUAUGAUAAUCCAAUGCUUGUCUAUCCCCUUUUUUUCCAUAAUUUUAUUAUAGUAAUACUUAAAUGGUUGGAAUAGUCACAUUUGAGUUGUAUGUUUCUUUUGUGAUAAUAUUUAGGAACAUAAUAUGCGCACUACAUGUGAAUUGUCUUUUCUAAUAGCGAUGACUUCUAACAGUAAGUUUAGUAGCAUUUUCUUUAGAGUGCUGACUCACAGUGGAGUCAAUGUCUAUGGUUUUCAAUGAUAUAGGCUCAGGUGCCAUUAAGAGACCAAAACCAGAGAUGAACACUUCCUUUAAUUCUGCCAGUUGAAUUUAAUAACUAUUUCCUGUCCAGCAAACCUUCCCCUAAUGUAGCCCAAAGUAUACUCAUGCAAAAUCAGGGAAAUCAGUUGGGAAGAGUAUCUCUCAUGUAUGAUUUCUCAACCAUGUAAUUCCUCACUAAAAUAUUUAUCUUGUUUUCUCAAUAAUGUCCUCCUAUAACACCUUUAGAAACAGCAGACUUCAAAGUACUCCACCACAAAAGGUAUUGCUACUGUAUUGCUACCUGUAAAUUCUAGAGACAAUCAUAUAUUAUUGUUGUAGAGAUGAAUCAAAUGAGCUCUUUAGGGACAAAAAUGCAUUGAUUUCAAUGCCAUCUCACACUUAUAGAUCUCUAGGUUUUUAUUUCAAAUGUUCAAAUCCUAUGUGUAUAUAAGCGGGUGCUCAGUGAUAAUAUUUGCACCAUUACAGCUUUGGAAAAGGCACUUUUGAGCCAUAUCCUUCCAUUGAUUUUUAAAUCUACCCAUUGACUUCAAAGAAUUUAUAUCAAGUUAAGAUCCUAAAUACCUGGAGUAUUUCUAACAGAAUUUUCUAGCUGUGGAACAUCAGCUAAGGGAAGGUAUUAGUAAAUCAUAGUAGCUUACCCAGACUGAAUUCAUUCCUGUAUUGUUUUGAAAUGAAUAGAACACCCUUAAAGGCUGCAGUAUGUUUGCAGAUUGCCUGAAUGAUAGUAAAAAUCUGUUACCUUUACAGAAGCAUCAACUGCCAGAGACAGUAUAACAAAUGCAUUGAUUACUAAGUAAUCUAGAGUCAUACUCUCAGUGACCAGAAAAUCCUUGCAGCUUGCAAUAUUUGUGUGUUGAGAUGGUUGAUAAUAAAAAGCUAAUAAGAUUUUAUUAGUGCGUAUUUUAGAGAGUACAUAAAGAAGCUAAAGUAUAAUCAACUCAGAUGAAUAAUAAGUACAUGGGAGCUGGAUUUUGAGUACUAACCUUAAAAAAGGCAGUGAAUUGUUUUUAUCAUCCAAGAAAAACAAGGCUCUUUUGAUAUACAGUAUAUGUGCAAAUAUGCAAACACACAAAUAUGCAAAUGCCUUAUAUCUUCAAAACGCUGCAGAAAUAUUAAUUUACCUGCAGUGAGAUGAUACAUCUGCACAAACACUGAUGUAAAUAAUAACUACAUGAAAAAAUUAGCAUUCAUUUUGCACUGCUUCACUUACCUUUUAAAAAGCAUUUCAGUGUAGAUGUGUGAAAGAAGGCACCACAGCUGACCUAAGUUCCUGAAGCAGUAGGAAGGGAAAGGCAAAAUUUCUCAGGUAUCACAGAAGGUACUUCUGGAGGCCAAUCUAGUCCUUGCUCAAGCAGGAUCACCUGGAGCUGUAUUCCCGGAAGGGGAUAUGUCCAGAUGACUUUUAAAUAUCUUCAAGGAUGGAGAUUCCACAGCAUCUCUGGAGAGUGGCUUCCAGUGCUUGGUCACACUCAUAGUUAAAAAAAUAAAUAAAAAAUAAAAAAUAAAAUCUUCUUCCAUAGAUAUAGUUUCUCCAAAUCGCUCCCUAUAUUUUUAGUUGUUAAAUUAUUAAUAGGUUUAAUUACAUACAUUCAAAGGAUAACCGUCAUUUCAUUCCGUGAAAACUCUUGGCCAAAGUCUCCAGAAAUCCACAGUUAAUAUGUUGGAAAGUUUGUAUAUGGAAAUUUGUACUUCUCACUAAGAGGUUUAUUUUUAAGUUGUAGAGGCUAAUGCCUUUAUCUUAUGAGUUUGUUACAGUGCCUGGUUCCCAAUCACAGGUUUUUGGGAUACAUUACAAGACACACUGAGAACGCAAGAUGAGUUAGAAAAUGCAGGAAGGAAAAAUCAGCUUAUGGGCAGCUAUAUGCUAUGGUAAUUGUAUUUCUGGCUUUAAAACUAAUAAAUACUAUAAGCAUAGUUAUAUGCAUAUGCAUUUUCAAGAGAACAGUUAAGAUGUUCCUCAAAAGCUUUCUGUGGUGAACUGUUAUCUGUGUUACCCAGAAAUGGGUACCUUUGACACAUUGUAGAUGCUAUCCAUAGCCUAGGGUGGAAGAUGUUCAUUCCCUUUAGCACUCUCUUGCAUUUUAUUAAGUCUGAGAAAGGUGAGUGAUAGGAAACAAAUCUCAUUGUAAGAUGUCUGGGACCUGAAUUUUGAGAACAGUUAGUCUUAUACAGCACUGCAAAUGUUCAAAACAUAGCAAGGUGUCUUCUAGGGACAUGGUUUACAGGGUGACAUUGGAAGUAGGGUGAUGGUUGGACCAGAUGAUCUUGAAGGUCUUUUCCAACCUUAAUGAUUCUAUGAUUCUGUUGGAGCUGAGUCUACAAAACUUGGGAUAGAGAAUCCAAUAUAGCAAGCAAAGGUCUCAGAAAUACAGAAUAAACAAUUAGUUACUGUCUAUUAAAGGUUAUAUUUACAGUAAAAAACUGGCUACAUAAUGGCUACAUACAAAAGGUAUAUGUAUAAAUAUAUGUAAAAGAAAAAAUGGUUAGAGCAGAAGCAAAACUUGGCUACCCUAUCGCAGUGUUUUAAGUGAUUAAGGAUGGCAAGGACUCAAGCCAUAUGCACAAAAAUGUACUUGAAUGUGAACACUUGAACCAAGGAAGUGCCUAAGAAUAAUGAAGACUCAUUUAGGAAGUAGACAGGUGGCAUAUGAUUUAAGAGUAUCUGAAUCGGACUGUACGUUUUCUAAAACUAUGGUGCAAUCAAACCUAACAUUAUUUUUCCCUAAUUUUAAUCCCAUUGCCCCUGGUUGUAUGUAGUAUUGCUCUUACACACUCAACAUAACUGGAGAAUAUGUACACAUGCAGACUUAGGUUUACUGAAAGAUUGUUCCCCCUCAAUCAUACUGACUUGGUCGGUUUCUUUCAGCAGGAUUGAUUUUACCAUGACUGCUUAUCAGGGUGCUAUACUACAUGAGUAAGGUCAGCAGAAUUUGGCUACUGUUUGUGGAAUUUCCCAAAAGAUUUUAUAUCAGAAUAUUGUUUAUUUAUGUUUAGCCUAUUCUCUUUAAUCUCCUAAUAUAUAUUAUUACAAUCAAGAGUACAUUUUUUCAAAAAAUGGGCAGGAAUCUCUUUGUCAAUGCUAAGUGUACACAGGCAGUAUGUGCAUGUACAAGUGAUGUAUUAUAAUUCAGUAUUAACUGAAGAGUUGUUAUAAAUGUUGGUAUGGAUUAAUGUACACAUUCUCUUAUGAGCUUCACAAAUUGGAACUGAUACAAGGGCUUAAUUUAAGAAAUGCAAUCAGAAUGUAGGUGAAGAACAACAUUUGCUACAUAAAUGCAGUCUAUACUUACUUGUCUGCCUAAUCCAUUGGGUUAAAAAAGAUUAUGGUUCCGUUUAAAUUACUUUUCUCUGAUUUGUUUUCUAACCAGCCUUUGAAAAUGAAGUCUUGCUCUUUACUCCUUUUAAAUUCCUGAUAUCUUUAAUGUUUAUGGAAAGCUUACCAUGUGCUAAGACAAUGUGAGGUCUUCCUGUCUGAUCAUUCUUGGAUUUUUUGGUAGAAUUAGAAGUUGUAUUUCAAAGCAUGGUCCUUGAAAGGAGGUCAUAUACUGAGCUGUUAAUAUAUAUGAUAUAAUAUGCUUGGGUGCUUGCCGUUGCCAUGCAGUGGUGUAGGUAUGCAAUGCGAUGCUUUCAGGCACUAAAGAGAACAAAUAUGUUUUUAUGAUAGUAUUGCAAAGACCUACUAAUUUUCCCGCAUUUGAAACUGUUCUAGUUGCAGCAAACUGGUAAUACGGCAAUGUGACAUUGAGUUCUCUUAGCACCUGCAACAAAAUCUUUCUACAGGUGGAAUGUUAGGGUGUAGUCUGAGCUGUCAGUGUGCUUCCACAGUUUUUAAUUAGUGUCCCUUUUAGCUCCAGUCAGCUGUUAGGUAGUGCAGGCCUGAUACUGGUCUGAAUGACACCCAGGUGGGACAGAUAAGUCUGACUGAGGCAUUAGUUUGCUACAGAAACCAUGUCCUUAAAAAGUUAAAUAUGAUAUUUUGCAAGUACUUCCCAGACUUUGGGUGUUUUCAGUCUGUACUGAAGGUUCUGAAGAAGUAUACUAGAACACUGUUGUUUUUUUCAUGUAGUCUCAUUUUCUGUUCUCAACAGCUGAAACGUCUUGUAGUCUAUGAAUCCACUAGAGGAGAAAUAAGGAGAUGCUUAAUAUUUCAUACUUAGAGCAGAUAAGAUAAAUACAAAUUCUCUUUGUUUUCCAUUUGCAGUUUAUGCAAGUCAGUAUGCAACAUACUCUUAUCACACAUAUUAUGAUUUGGUAUUCUGAGACAAAUGGAAAAUGAAUAUAAUUCCAUAUCCAGAGAAAGUAUAAUGAAUUCAGGGAACACUUCACAGUCAAGUGUUUUAACCAUUUGCCAAAAAAAGCAUGAGUGAAGAUAUUUGGAACAGAUACUCUUGGGGUUUUAGUACAGGUCUGGAAAAUUAUGUUCUUCUGCCUAAGGCCAGAUUUUAGCAUUGUGUUCAUACCUAGCUGCAUGGUAAUGUGUUGUGUGUCAGCAUUGCUGUACCUUUGAGGAUUAAAGCUCAAAUGCUGUUAUCAGUGAUCAUGUUAGUCUCAGUAUGAACUAUUAUUUUUAUGUCACGUAACACCUUACAGAUUUUAACUAAUCAGAUGGAAUAUGCAAGUAUUUCUGCCUUUUGUAUGCAAGGGAGCAGCUGUCAAGUUGUGUUAUCUUUGUGAAGCUUUGACACAGAAUGUGAGGCGCCUGCAUGAUGACUCCUUCAUUCCGUCUACAUCAAAGUUUUUGUGUAGUAAAAUCAAGGUACCACAACUGAUAGCUAGUCAAUUCUGAAUAUUAAGCAACUAGUUUUUUCAACCAUGCAGUAAUAUAAACUUGAUGCAGUGAUUCCUGGAAACCAAUAAAUAUCAUGUUGUGUGGAAAUGUGCAAUGAACGGUUGAUUUUUAUAAUGCAUUAUAGAAUGUUGAGUCUGAAUACAACAGCAUAUUUGCAAAAUCAGUUUACGUUGUAUGAACUGUACUUUUAUAACAUACUGUAAUGAAAAGGUAACAUUGACUAUUAAUGUAAGGAGAUUCUACGUACUUUGAUUAAGAAAUACACUUUACUUAUCUGUGCUACGAAUAUGAUUUUUGUGGUCUAUGACAUUGUUUGACAGAAGGCACCGUGGACUGGAAUUCAAUAAUAGCCAAUUUGUGAAAGUGGUUGUGAAUUAGACAUUGUUUUUCCAUUGUUAUAUUUUUGCUAGAAAUCAAACUGGAAUAUGAAGAUGUGUAUGAUGUACAUUGCACUGAAUGAUUUGAAAUUAUAUUCAUUUGCUUUUUUUGUUGUUUUAGCUUUCUUUUUUUUAGUUGGUUCUGCCAGUAAGCUCUAACAUAUGCCUCUCAAGCUGCUGAUUCAGUAACGUAGAUCCCAGGACAUUAAAGUAUAAUAAAAAUUGGGAAGAAGGAGAAAAGCAAGAAAAAUAUAGCUAGACAGAACCUCAGAAACUGGGAUCCAAUAAUUUACUUACAGGUAAAAUUUGAAUCAUCCUCUUUUUAGAUGCUGGUAGAUAGAUAGCCCAGACAUUCAGAUAAUUGGCCUUUCAGGUAGGUGCCUUUGUAUGUUUUUUGGAAGUCAAGACUUCCAGGGGGUACAUACUUAGGAUCAAUCUCCAAGUAUACAAUAUGAGACUCCUACAAAAAAAAAAAAAAAAAUCUAUU